UAUAUAUUUUAUAUAACUCAACAAAUUUAUCAAAGAUUAACGAGACAUUCAAAUCUUAGCAUUUCUUCAAUUCUACAAAUCUCUGUCAAGUUCCUCAACUGGAAUUGACUAACAAACUGACAAAGACAAGACAAAUCAGUACAAUUUACCAAUUUAACAACAUGACUGACAGUCAAACACGGCAGAUUGAAUUAAGUGGGGACAUUACAACAAAUGAAAAUGAACCCACAAAACAAGUCACUGAUACUGCUCCUGAUGUUGUGCUGCUUUGUGAAGGGGAAAGAAUCUCAUGUCAUAGAGCUGUUUUGGCCAAAGAAAGUUCUUAUUUCAGUGCUAUGUUCAGCUCAAGUUUUGCAGAAAAAGAUGAACGGUCCAUCACUAUUAAGGAUGUAGAUGGUUUUAUGCUUCGUAUACUUGUAGAUUUAUCCUACGGCUAUCCAUUGCAGCUGGAAGAUGAGAAAAGGAUGCUUAAACUUCUUGAGACAGCUUCAAUGCUGCAGUUUCUUGAAGUUCAGACCAUGUGUGUGCAAUUCUUACUCCAUACUUUGAACGAAUCAAAUGCCCUAGAGCUCUUUGUAUUGGGUGACAUGAUUGGAGUACCUGAACUUGAAGUGAACACUUUUUAUGGUGUCAUCCUGGGACUGGGCAUCGUUCUUUUAAUCAUCAUUGCAGUUGUGGCCGUUUACGUUCAACGACAAGUUAAGAAAAACCGAUCUUCUAAAUAG